AUGUCAUCGUUGCCCUUUGCAGGGGCCAGAAGCGGCGCGGCAGCUGUUUCACAAGUAUCACCGACAGGUCAGGCUGCUGUACCCACGUCGAUGACAGCAGGUGCGAUCGUGGAUGACAUUCCGUACGAUCAGCUGGCACAGCUCUCCAAGACGAUGGGAAGCGUCAUCAGGUCGCUGUUGGAGCUUCAGAAUCAGAUUCACAACUCUUACGCUCCGGAUGAUUGGUGAGUCGAGCUGUACAUGCACCCUUAGCCUUGCGUGGAGCGCAAGUUGGCAGUCUGCAAACUUCCUGGCUCGAUUGCGGCUCCCAUGCUCAAAUGCCUUCUACCUUUUGCACCAGGUCAAAGCUCUUGACUCAGCACAUGGAGCUCAUUUCGGCAACUCACACCCUCACCUCACUAGUAUCGUCACCGACACCGACGCAUGAUGCGCAAAUGGCAUUCCUCAACACCUUCCUCGCAGCAGAGGCGGACUCGAAAAAUCUGUAUGCUGGGAAUGUCUCUGACGGAGGCUCGCAAGCCAUCACUGGCUCGGGUGUGGAUGCUUUGGGUCUGCCUGUGGGCGGGUCUCUGUCAAAAGGGCAGCAGAGACAUGCGACGGCCGAAGGAACCCCGAGGGUGGAUUAUUCCAACGAGGCUAGACGAGAAAGGGGCAACCUAUUGGAAAGAAUCGCGGUUCAUCCCUCGGGCGUUUUGGAUGCGGAACAAAAAGCUAGACUGACCGAACUUCUUCGCGCGAGGGUAGACUUUGGACUGGAGAAUGCGUGGGAGAAGGGAUGGCAGGAAUGGUGUGUCCAGCAUCCCGUCUCACAAGAACCUGCAGCAUCAGCACCAGCGCAGCCCAAUGCAACAUUUGCGAGCGCUACGGCUGCGGAGGAACAGACGAGGAAAGAAGCAAAGAGACGUCUAAGGAUUGCCAGAUCUCAACAGAGAAAGCAUGACGAUGCGUCCAUUGCUUGCUUAAGAGCUUAUUGGCACCUCAAACAACAACCUGAUGAGAAUGGAGAAAAGUACGAUUGGAAAAUGCGGAUCAGCGAUGAGGAGCUUAGGGAAAUGGAAGCGGAGGAUGCGGAGCAGGAGGGGGUGCAAGACGGGGAAGAAGUUGAGAUGAAUGUCGAUUAG